AUGUCGCCGGGUUUAGAUCGCAUAUUGUCGAUCAUGUUUCACAUUUUAUUUCCGUGUGUAGUCUUGCUUUGUGUUCGAUUCUUUGAUAAGCUUGGGGUCGUUGACAGCAAACAAGGAGCACCUCAGAGGCCUAGAUGGAACUGUUCUGCAAUCGCUACUAAUGAGACAGUUGGAUGUAUGGUGCCAAAAUAUGUAAACUCUACCACGUGCAUGUAUCUUGGAUGUUGCUGGAAUGAUACCCAGGCCGAUGCUACAGACAAAUGCUAUACAAAGCGGGGAGGCGCCUGUUUUGAAUACGAAGGAACAGUUUGUAACGACUCCUUUACAACACUACCCGAGUACAGGGACACCAAGCGUUUCUUUGACAACAGUUUUGGACUAUCUGGGACCGAGCAGUUCCUUGCAAAAGUUAUUGGCAUCAUCAAUGACCUCGCUGGUAACAAUGAAAAAUGCAGGUACAUUAUGGUGAACAUGCUGUGCCAUUACACCGUACCGCCUUGUUACUCAGAUGGCACGAUACUCGACUUUUGUAAGGAAGACUGCGAAGAAAUUUUUAACGAGUGUAGCGUAACCAUAAAUCAAGUGAUUGGGGGAGUGAAGCUCUAUGUGCAUAAUGAACAUAUUGACUUUAUACAUCGAGGAAUUCCUAACUGCUCCAUACAUCAUCCUCGGUCGUAUUACGAGCACUUGCCUGGGAACAAGACUUGUAUCAAUUCUGGAUUUUUCAAAUUCGAAGAAAAACGAAAACUCAAGCCUAGUGUAGAAACGAAAGAGACGAACCAAGGCAGUGACGACGACAAUCUUCGCAUCUUUCUACCCACUGUCACAGUCAGUUUGCUCACCAUUGUGGUGUGCAUUAUUAUAUUUUUGCUUUGGCGAAGACACCGAGAUGACAUGGAGACAUUGGUCGAGCCGCCGGCUUUUUCAAUGAGAGAUAAAUUACGAGCAGAGUCCUUAAAAAGUUUUGAUACAUUGUUGUCGCGGCAUUUUGAUCCAAAUAGAUUAAGGCAGUACAGAUUGGACCACGUACAUUAUGUAAAAGACCUGGGAGUAGGCUCUUUUGGCAAAGUUUUUCAAGGUCGUGCAGCUGGUCUUACAGAAAAGCCCAAGAAGGAGAUUCUAGUUGCUGUUAAAGCGUUGAAAGAUGAUCCAUCUAAGGAACAGAAAGACGAGUUUUUCCGAGAAGUGACUCUAAUGUCCAUUCUCACGCAUCCAAACAUUGUUCGACUCCUGGCUGUAUCAACCGAGGAGGAACCUUAUGGCAUGGUCUUUGAGUUCAUGAGUAGUGGGGAUUUGAACCAUUAUCUGAGGAAUGCCUUUCCGGCUGCUGAAACCCCCCUGGAAUCACAGGAACCAAAUAAAGUCUACCUUGCCCACGAAGACCUUCUCCAAAUCUCGACCCAGAUCGCUGCUGGCAUGCAGUAUUUGGUCAAGAUGAAGUUUAUUCACAGAGACCUGGCAGCGAGAAACUGUCUGGUCGGGAAUGACCUUGUGGUGAAGAUUGGGGACUUUGGGAUGUCGCGCGACAUUCACACCUCAGAUUAUUACAAGUUGAGCAAGGAAACUGCUUUGCCCAUCCGCUGGCUUGCUCCUGAAGCAUUAAAUUACGGCAAAUUUAGCUUCAAGUCAGACGUGUACGCAUAUGGCGUGCUACUUUGGGAGAUUUUCACAUUUGCUCUUCAACCGUAUUACGGCUAUAGCAACAAGGAAGUGAUACACUUUAUACAAAAGGGCAUUCAUCUGGGCCAGCCUCGUGACUGUCCAGACUUCGUCUACGCUAUCAUGAAAGAUUGUUGGCAUGAGGAUCCCAAAAAGCGUUUAGAAUUUUCUGAGAUACAGACACGCUUGAGUGAUCCAUUUAACAGCAACUAUGGAAGUUGUGCCGAGUCAAACAACCAGCUCCUGUCUGAAAACAUGAGCGUCUCACUGUCUGAAAUUGUUUUGGAAACCUACGACGUUCCCAGAAGUCAUACCAAAGGCGAUCGCAAAUUUCCACGAGUGCUCGAGUUCCAUGAAAAUUACGACGUGCCCCGAUCGACGACGACGACGACCGAAGAAGUCAGAAUGAGUGAUACGGACGGAAGCCUUGAAAUAUAG